AAGAACCCGCUCGGUCCGACCCACAUCCCGCACCGACUCAUUCAUUGUCACCUGAGUAUCCUCUCUGCUCAUAUUGAAAGCUUGUCAGGAUCAGCCGGGAUCUUUCGGACGCCAGCUCUCUUUUGCGACGCUGGGACACAUAUCGGCAGUGAAGGCUCCUUAAUCACAGCAUACACCCUCUGAGAGUGCAUUCAUCCUCCUGCAACAUGUUGGAUAAGUCAUCAUUCAGCGCAAUGUCAUUCAUCCCGUCAAUCCCCUCGCCCUCGCGGUUAUCUCAGAAGUUUCGGGCACGUUUAGCGCAAACGGCCCCAUCAGAACUGACCGGCAUUGAGACCUCGUUCUCGCCGAGAGUCACUAUCGAGAAAGUCAAGAACCACGAAUACACCAUCUGGGACUUGCAAUAUGUUCUUCUGGCUUGUCUCGGUGUGUUUUCGCUGUGCAUGAUUCAGAAAUUUGGUAUUUUGUUCAAGCUCUUCGUCGUUACUGCACUCGGUACUGCGCUUCUCAUCCCCAUUACCAGCCAGUUCUUCUUCCCCUUCUUGCCAAUCGCAAGCUGGCUUGUCUUGUUCUACGCAUGCAGCUUCAUUCCGGCAGCAUACAGACCGCACAUCUGGGUUCGCGUUUUGCCAGCUUUGGAGAACAUUAUGUACGGUGCAAACGUCAGUAACAUUCUUGCAAAGCACACGAACUCGUUCUUGGAUGUUCUUUCCUGGAUCCCCUAUGGAGUUACGCAUUUUGGUUCACCGUUUGUCGUCAGUGCGGUCAUGUUCGUCUUCUCUCCACCAGGGACUCUACCUGCUUUUGCUAAGGCGUUUGGGUACAUGAACCUGACUGGUGUUCUGAUCCAAAUCUUCUUCCCCUGUUCGCCGCCUUGGUACGAGAACCUCUACGGGUUGGCUCCGGCAAACUACGGAAUGCCCGGUUCGCCUGGUGGUCUUGCUCGCAUUGACGCUUUGUUUGGCACUGCCACGUAUACGUCUACGUUCACCGCUUCGCCUAUGGUCUUCGGUGCAUUCCCGUCGCUUCACUCUGGCUGUGCAACAAUCGAGGCUCUGUUCAUGAGUCAUGUCUUUCCUUCAGCUACCCCGUUCUUCAUGUUUUACGUCAUGUGGCUCUGGUGGUCUACUAUGUACUUGACUCACCAUUACUUUGUCGACUUGAUUGGUGGUAGCUGUUUGGCUGUUGUUUGCUUCCUUAUUUCUCAGCGUAUGUUCUUGCCUCGCACCCAGGAAGGUAAGUACCUUCGCUGGGAGUACGACCAUGUCGUCCGUGGCGACACACAUGCUUCGGGCAUUAGCGAUGGUUCAGCACCAUGGUUCGCAGUUGCUGAGCACGAUCUGGAUUUGGAGAUGGGCGAGUUGGAGGAUGGUGAGGGAGACUGGGCGUUGGGAAGUAGCUCUUCCGCAAGUGUAACAGGAAGUUUGAGUCCUGUGAGCGAAAGUAGCGGACAGACGCUUGGCACGCCGAUCAGCUGGGAGCAAGCGGAGGAGUUGGAGCGACAAAGGCGACCGACGCCGUCGAACAUUGAUCGUUAGGUUGGGCGUUUUGCAACAGGAAAUGGACCGUUUGAUCGCCAUUCUCGAUUUUGGAGAGAUUAAUGAACGAUGUUAUCAGGUGUUUUGGACGAAUACGGUAAUCCUACCCGCGUCUCGUCUCUUUUUGCUAGCAUAGAUGGGGUUU